AUGAAUCCAUUCUUUCUUCUAGAUUUGUCCUUCAUCCUCUUGGUUCUACUCCCUUGGUCACUCUCAGGGGAAUUCGUUGUGUUGGGACCACAACAAACAGUCAUUGCGUUGGUGGACAGAGAUGUCACUUUCUCAUGCCACCUCUCUCCCCAGCUGGAUGCUCAGCAUAUGGAUGUGAUAUUUUUUCAUAACCAGUCAAGUCUGGUACAUCAAUACAGAUAUGAAAAGGAUUAUUUGAAAUAUCAGCAUCUAGACUAUCAAGGGCGGACAGAAUUUCUUCAUGAGCACAUUUCCAGGGGGAAUGUGGCCUUGCUACUCCAUCGUGUCCAACCUUCUGAUGAGGGAAAGUACCGAUGUUACUUUGCAAGUCCCACUUAUAAUAAUGAAGCAGAAUUCCAAGUGGAUGUGGCAAGUACAGGAACUCCCCCUCACCUACACAUUGAGGGUGCUGGAAAUAAAAAGGUCCGGCUGGUGUGCACAUCUGCAGGGUGGUACCCAGAGCCUGAAGUGCAAUGGAGGAACCACCAGGAGGAGUCAUUGUCACAAGGCACCACAAUCAAUAAAAAAGAGAAUGGGCUGUUUUCUGUUGAAACCUCAAUCACUGUGUCUGCCAAUUCCAAAGAAAAUGUUUCUUGUGUCAUUGGGAACCCUCGUCUCAGCCAAAAACUGGAAGCAAGUGUUUCUUUGGCAGAAGCCUUGUUUCCAAAUGUCAUUCAUCGGAUGGAAAUAUGGAUUGGGAUUAUUGUCUUUUUAAGCAUUACAUUUCUUGUCAUCGUCAUCAUCAUCAUUUUUAAAUGGCAGAAGAUAAAAAAAGCUAAAGUAUGCAAUGAGGAAGAAGCAGAUGUCACCCCAGAAACUGGAUUCUGGAUCAUUUGUCUGGAUAAUAGUGACACUUAUCAGGCUUUUUCCAGUCCCUGGAUCCAACUCCAGUUGUCCGUGGCCCCCAAGACUGUAGGGAAUUUCUUGGAUUAUGAAACAGACACGAUCUCCUUCUACAAUGCUACUGAAGCUACUCACAUCCAUACUUUUCAUGAUAGCUUCAAGGAAGCUCUGAGGCCCUGGACCUGCCCUGGGUCUUUCAAUUAA